AUGUCUAGCUCCGAGACUCGCUCAGACUCUGCCUCCCCCGCCAAGGAGAAGUCCCUGUUGGCUCAAGUGGAGUCUUACAUAAAGAGACUUAUGAAGGGGAUUCCGGUAAUUCUCCGUGUCGAACAUGAUGAUGGCGAUUCCGACGACGAGCCCGUCACCAAGUCAGCUAUCUGCACUGGGAUCCUCAACCGCAACCUCGACUCGGUCAAAUUCACCCCCUUGAAAGAAGAGGCAACAACGGAUGACAGCAAAGAACCUGGUAAGUUCCAACUGCUGCCCAGCGUUCGAUGGCAUAACCAUGUUAGGUAUUGUGAUUGA